GUAGUAGAGCUUAGACCUCUAACGAUGCUAAAAGUUAACGGGUUAUUGGGUCGCCGGGGCAAUGCGCUCACGGCUAUCUUUAUUUACAAACUCGUCACAAAAACUCAUAUCACAAUUAUAACUGGUCUACCACUCUUAAACCCAAUGGUGUUUGAAGAGCGGACAACCAACUUAUAGGAAACUAAUCUUAAUAACGUAUCUACACAUGCAUUAUUAAUGCUAGCGUUUUAUUGCACAUUACAACUGCAAUUCCAGAAUAGUUGUUCUCGUGGUAGGUCGCAGCCUGUCUGAGAGUACCGCUAUCUCCGCAAAUAAAUAAAAAAUGCAUCGGAGACUGGGUACAUAGCGGGGCCCGCGAGCGGAGCCCGCAGUGCGCCUCCCGCCAGCAGCCGCGAUGGUCAACUACAAGCGCGUCGUGUGCGAGGUGGCCGUGGUGCUGGCGUUAGUAGCGGCCGUCGCCGCGGCACCAACUUCUAAUCCUGACUGCCACUACGACCAGCGACAGAACGGUUCGGAGAACUACCGCUUAAACAUCGACGGCGUCGUGAUCGCCGUCGCGCCUGCAGACUCGCUCCUGGCCGCAGCUUCGGAGCUCGAUCUGAGCGACCUCCUGGACCUGUCGGAGUACGAGGGACCCUCGUCGCAGAAGCCGCAGCUGGAGCCGAAGCCGGAGGACGGCAAGCCGCAGGAGAAGCCCCAGGACAAGCCGGAGGACAAGCCCGACCUGUCCGUGCUCGAUGUCAGCCAGAACACAGUGAAGGAGCAGAAACAAGCUUUCUCGAGGAAGCAGGAAAAAGCACACAGACUGAAGAACCGCCUCGCCCAAUUCCUGCUGCCCCUGCUGAGAAAGACUCGCCACCACUAGACGGAGAGCCCCAUGACAACUGAUGCAUAUAAAACUAAUAAGGCCUUAUCCU